UAUAACAAGUAACAAAAAUACCAUUGAAAAAAUAAUCAGAGAAUAUUACAUAAAGAAAAGUAAUCAAAGCAUAUGUGAUCUUGCAGCUUGGUAAAUUUUAUUGGUUUGAAAACAGGAAGGACUUGUGAAAUAUCAACAAAUGAUCGUAUCUUUUCUUUCUUUGGACAUUAACUAUGGACAUUAAAAUCUAACAAUAAGGACUUUAAUUAACGCCACUUGACUUGUCAAGAGAUGAAACGAAGAUUUCUACGCAGAAAAUUUUUGCUUUUAUUAGCGAUCGUCUGCAUUAUAUUGUACAUUUCCGGCAAAGUAUUCGUUGUGAAUGUUGGCUCAGACGAAAUGAACUUGUAUUUUAACUUACGAGAUUAUUCCGACAAUGUGGUUCAUACAGAAUUAAAUUUUCGGAGGUCUAAGAGAACUCCUAUUCGUCUUGUUAAGAAUAUCAACUGUGCUGCCAUUUUAAGAGGUGACAAAACAGAAAUCGUCAAGGCGCAAGAAUUGAUGAAAAACGAAAGUAGAAAACGGAUUGCUGACACGGAUUAUAUAAAAAUGACGGCAAAUUGUGAUAGUUUUAAAAGAAAUCGUUUCUACAGUAACUAUUUCCCUUCAAAAGAAGAGGCUGAUUUUCCUAUAGCAUACAGUAUUCUUCUUUAUAAAGACGUUGAACAGGCUGAACGACUACUACGUGCAAUUUAUACGCCUCAGAACUACUUUUGUCUGCACGUUGAUGCGGAUUCAAAAAAAGAAGUGCAUGAUGCUAUCCAGAGUAUAUCAAAUUGUUUUGAUAAUGUUUUUGUUGUUUCGCGAAAAGAGUAUAUGGUGUAUGCUGGUUUCACGCGUUUACAAGCUGACCUAAAUUGUAUGGAAAACCUUUUACAGCGCGGAAAAGAUUGGAAAUAUUUCAUUAAUUUACCAAGCCAGGAGUUUCCGCUUAAAACAAACAUGGAAAUUGUUAAAAUUCUGCAAAUUUAUAAUGGUGCAAAUGAUAUUGAAGGUUUAACUGGCAACAGGAGAUUGGAAUAUAGAUACAAGCAUCGGUUUGUUUAUAAACAUGUUAAUGACAAGACAAAACCAAAAACAUUUAAAACUAAUCAGAAGAAGGACGACCCGCCGUACAAUAUAACAGUGGUGAAAGGAAGUGCAUAUGGCAUCUUUAGUCGAGAUUUUGUGGAUUAUAUAAUAAACAACAAAAUUGCGCGGGAAUUAUUAGACUGGUAUAGGGAUGUUCUCAGUCCUGAUGAAUACUAUUGGGCAACACUUAACUACAAUCACCAUAUUGGAACACCAGGGUCAUAUUACAAAGGCAAGCCCGAUAACAAACCAUGGCUUGCAGCGUUUGCAGGAUGGGGCGGGGUAAGUCCCUGUCAUGGAAAAUUCGUUCGCGGAGUAUGCGUGUUCGGGGUCGGCGAUUUGGAGGCACUUUCGCAUAAACACCAUCUUUUUGCUAAUAAAUUUCACAUAGAUUACCAGCCGUAUGCUUUAGAUUGUUUGGAAGAAUGGCACUUAAACAGAACAGCAGACGGAGGGCUUAAAUCUUUAAAUACGUCAUACUAUGAAUCACUUCCGUUUAUAAAGAGGGUUAAAGGGAGAUAACACAAAAUGGACUUCAACUUUAACUGAUGUUUCAUGUGUGCUUUACAAUGUACUUCAUACAAUCCAUCAAUCCAUUCGUUUCCAUCUUAUGAAAACAUAGGUCUACUCCAAAGUUUGAAUGUCAGCCGCUUUUGAAUUCGUGAUACGACAUGUAUAUAUCAGCGACGAUGUUUCAAUAACCAAAAUCAGUGUUUGAUUAGAUUUCACUUUAUUAUUAGUGAUUUAUUUUUUGUUUAUUGAUGUUUACCCAUUAACUGUGUUAGGCUUUUUGAGGGAAUUGUGCAAUUGAAAUGGU